CCCUUAGAGUGACCCCGUCUCUGUGUGCGUCCCGUCAGGACGGCGUGGACGGCGGAGACCUGGUGAAUGGCGUGGCUGAGCGGAGCUCCAAGGAGCCGAGCCCCGGCGCCUCGCCGACCGCCGGCAGGAAGAGUAAGACCAGCCAGGCGUCCACGCUGCCGUCCAGGAACCAGGACUCGUCCUCACAGCUGGAGGGACUGCUGCACCGCAAACACGAGUGGGAGGGGCACAAUAAGAAGGCGUCCAACAGGUCGUGGCACAACGUGUACUGCGUCAUCAACCACCAGGAGAUGGGCUUCUACAAGGACAGCAAGGCGGCGGCUCAGGGUGUCCCCUACCACGGCGAGGUGCCCAUCAGCCUGAAGGACGCGUCGUGUGACGUGGCGUCCGACUACAAGAAAAAGAAACACGUCUUCAAAUUGCGAGUCAACGACGGAAACGAGUUUCUGUUCCAAGCCAAAGACGAAGAGGAGAUGAGCACCUGGAUCCAGGCCAUCCUGAACGCCAGCUUUGACCGCUCCAGCGUGCAGGGCAGCAACCCCGGCACGCCGGCGUCUGGGCGUGCUCAGACGCUGCCGGCCGCCGUCACGCUCACCAACGAGUCGAGUCCCGGCAAGAGGGAGAAGGACAAAGAGAAGGACAAGGAGAAACGCUUCAGUCUGUUCAGCAAGAAGAAACAGUAGAACGCCAAACACGCGGCGGCGCUUUGGUGAAACCGCUUCAGUCGAAUCUCGACGCACGCUCUGACGCAGGACACGUCCCAUUUAGCUUCUCUUCACCUUCUGGAACCUGAAAGAACUGGAACCUGCCUCCGAGCGUCCGUCAGGUCUGAGCUGCUUCAUGAAGGUCUUCAGCAGAGAAUCGUCUCCGGCGCUGCACGUUAACGCGGCGUUCCCACCAAACUGCUCGCUCUGACGAGACCUUCAUCAAGUCUGACUCACAGUGUGAACUUUAGCAGCUGUUCUCCCGCCGCCAUUUCCUGUUCCUGCACGCCAGAAUUCACCGCCAAAACUCUGACGUCUGCUGGCGUCUGCAGAGUUUAGAAACAUUCACACAAAACAUCAAAUCCAUUGAAACACAGAUUCUAACAUUUCUGCUCAGAUUAAUUUGGUGCGCUGAAAAGAUUUUUGCAAACGAACACACAAACCUGGUGAUGACAUCACAACUGAACAGCCAAUGACGGAGGCCGGCGGCUGAGAAAGUUCAAGGGAGGUUCAGAAAAUGUAGAGUUUCACCAAAGUCCGACGACGGUUGUUUCUGUGUUUAUUCUCAAAGCAGGUUUUGGUUUUUUUCAAUAUAUUUUUGGUUUGAUUUUCCUCACGUGGUUGUUCGGUUGAGUGGCGAGGCGACGCUGUGCCUGAGAGCGAGAGAUGCGUCUUCGCCUCGGACACUGUGAUGUAACAGCGGUUCAUCGUCGACAGAAGAGCCGGCGGUUUCUGUUCUUACGCGGUGACGAACUGCUCGGGAUUAGACUUUGUGAUGUGAUGGCGAAGACUCCGACGCUUUCGUUCUGAUGUUUGUCAACCACAAAUGCUUUUUCUUCACGACAUCUUGACAGAAUGAGCGUCUCUCGUUCUGCGGUUCGUCUAUUUGUUGAUGAUGAACCGUCCAGACCGAAGGCAACGCCGCCUCUCGCUCAGGUGUUUGUCAAGUCGUCGGUCUGUCGAUGAUGAGCUGCUGUUUCUCAGCCUCCGAUAUCGCUUUGUGGUUCGUGACGAUGGACUGCUGUUACACGUAAUCAAAGCUGAAUGGAACGCCGCCUCCGGCUCUGACGUUUAUCGGUUAAUUGGUUUGUCAGUAUGUCGAUGAUGAACCGCUGUUUCUUCACGACAUCUUGCUGAACGAGCGCCUGUUCUUGCUCUGAGGUUCAUUAAUUCGUCGACGAUGAACCGCUGUUUCUUCUGAACCGAAGGCGUCGCCGCCUCUCGCUGUCUUGGUGACGUCCGCAGGGACCACAAACUCAUUUUUCUUUGUUGUUUGUUUUUAACGUUUGAUUUUUAUUUUGUUAAAUUUGGGUUAUUUUUGUACUUUUUCGAAGCAGGUCGAAGUUAAUUCCUCAGUUUUGUGAGGGUGUCUUCAGAGACAACCUACAUUCUUCCUCUGCCGUUGAGAAAUUGGACCAAUAGUGCAUUUUUUUGUUGUGAUUUUGACUUCACGUCCUCUGCCGCUCUGCAGCCAUUUUCUUUUUGUCUUAAAAAGCAGCCAAUCACGUUGGAGGAGGCUUAUGAUGUAGAAAUGUCCACUUGCAUGCUUCGUCAGGCUCAGAGCGUCGCCUGAAACUCACCUGAAACUAAACUUUCUUCAUUCGGAUCCUUUCCUGAGUUUUCUUUGGUUGCGGUGUGUUUCCGAUGGAGGCCGGUGUGUAUAAUAAACACAUGAAGGCGUCAGUGUCGGGUGGCCGCAGACAGCCGCUGAGCUGCGGCGCCGCACUCACGAAGGUCGCUUGCUUGUCGUCGGCUCUUGGCGCUGCGUUCAGAUUUUCUGCUCUUUGAUACUCGUGUUGCUCUCCGUCGCUGUUUAUCUAUCGUAGCGAACAUGUAUGGAAGUUAACGCCAUCUUACUGCACAAUCAGAACUACAUCUAUAGGAAUGAAGAAGACGCUGUCUAAGGCCGAAUAUUUAAACCCAAGUUAGACCAUAAAGGCUUUUCUCAUGUAUGAAACUGCACCUGUAGACUUUAAAGCUCUCUCUGUCAAAUAUGUGCGAUGUCAUUAAAGCUUUUAAACUUU